AUGAUAAUUGAUACAAUAGAAGUACAAGAUAUCAAUUCUUUUUCCAGAUUGGAAUCUUUAAAAGAGUUCUAUGGAAUCAUAUGGAUGCUUGUCCCUAUUUUGGCUCUUGUAUUGGGGAUCACAACAGGUGUACUAGUAAUUGUGUGGUUAGAAAGAGAAAUAUCUGCAGGGAUACAACAACGUAUUGGACCUGAAUACGCCGGUCCUUUGGGAAUUCUUCAAGCUCUAGCAGAUGGGACAAAACUACUUUUCAAAGAGAAUCUUCUUCCAUCUAGAGGAAAUACUCGUUUAUUCAGUAUUGGACCGUCUAUAGCAGUUAUAUCAAUUUUACUAAGUUAUUCAGUAAUUCCUUUUGGCAAUCACCUUGUUUUAGCGGAUCUCAAUAUCGGUAUUUUUUUAUGGAUUGCCAUCUCAAGUAUUGCUCCUAUUGGACUUCUUAUGUCAGGAUAUGGAUCAAAUAAUAAAUAUUCUUUUUUAGGUGGUCUGCGAGCUGCUGCUCAAUCAAUUAGUUAUGAAAUACCAUUAACUCUAUGUGUUUUAUCAAUAUCUCUACUAUCUAACAGUUCAAGUACAGUUGAUAUAGUUGAGGCGCAGUCAAAAUAUGGUUUUUGGGGGUGGAAUUUGUGGCGACAACCCAUAGGGUUUAUCAUUUUUCUAAUUUCUUCCCUAGCAGAAUGUGAGAGGUUACCUUUUGAUUUACCAGAAGCAGAAGAAGAAUUAGUAGCAGGUUAUCAAACCGAAUAUUCAGGUAUCAAAUUUGGUUUAUUUUACGUUGCUUCCUAUUUAAAUCUAUUAGUUUCUUCGUUAUUUGUAACAGUUCUAUACUUGGGUGGUUGGAAUAUUUCUAUUCCAUACAUAUUCGUUCCUGAGCUAUUUGAAAUGGAUGGAAUCCUUGGAACAACAAUCGGUAUCUUUAUUACAUUAGCGAAAACUUAUUUGUUCUUGUUCAUUUCUAUCGCAACAAGAUGGACUUUACCUAGGCUAAGAAUGGACCAACUAUUAAAUCUUGGAUGGAAAUUUCUUUUACCUAUUUCUCUGGGCAAUCUAUUAUUAACAACUUCGUCCCAACUCCUUUCACUCUAA